AUGUUUUCGUAUUUCCGCGCAUGGCGAGACCUUUUAAUCGAUAUCUUCUUCUUCUUCUUCUUCUUCUUCUCGUUUUUCUUAUUCGUCUUUUUCUUCUUCUGCUCCUCUUUCUUCAUUUACUUCCUUUUCUUUGCCUUAAUUUCUUUCUCAUUCUUUUUCUUCUUUAACUCUUCUUCUUCUUCUUCUCUUUCUUCUUCUCGUCUUCUUCUUCUCGUCUUCUCUUUCUUUCUUCUCAUUUUUGUUAUUCUUCUUCUUUUUCUUCUUCAUCUUCUUCCUCUUUUCUUUUAUCUCAUUCUUCCUUUUCUUAUUUUCUUCUUCUUCUUCCUCUUAUUUUUUUUCUCAUUCUUCUUCUUCUUCUUCUUCUCCUUCUCCUCCUCCAUAUCUAUCUAUCUAUCUACCUAUCUGUCUGUCCUUCCCGUCUCUCUUUCUCUCCCCUUUUCUCUCUCCCUUUCGAUCUUCCUCUUUAUUCCUCUCCCUAUGUUUGUGUUUAUAUCUCUCUCUCCUCGUUUCAGUCCUUGCUCUCCCCUUUCCCUCUCUCUCCCUCAACUCAAGUUUUGUUUGUCGUUCAUCUGUUUCUUAGUCUCUGUUUUUCUCACUCUAUCUUUAUAUUAA